AUACUGCUGCAGGAUUCAAAACAGAGUCAGUCCUGGAACCAAUUGGCGUGUUCAAAUGGAGACCGAGAAAAAGAGUCCUAGAAAGGUCAGCAUGGGAGGAAAGAGAGGCAGCAGCGUCCCGGUAGUUGUAAUCGUACUAGUUAUUACUUAUCUUCUAUUUGGGUAAUAUACGGAAUUUCUAUUUCAGCCUUCCACCAUGACCUGCAGCUUGCUCUCUCACCAUGUUCAUUCCAGACACACUUCAAUCCAGCCGUCAUCCUUUAUUAAUUCUCCAGUCAUCAGUCGCACAGUCAACACUAUCCUUGCUCCGCAAAGUUAUUGAAACAUCGCCAGGCAAUAAAGGGAAGCAUACCGGCGAAACUCUAUUGUUUUGCCUUCUACACCUUCCUUCAAGUCUAAUCAAUCAAGACACCACCGGGGUGACCGUAUACGACCGCAUAGGCAGUGUACCAGGCUACGAUGAUAGUUGGAUAGAUCCUAGAGAUUUCAUCUCGAAUGCCGUUGAAAACUGUCCUUCGCAGCAGCUACACGUAGUAAUUGACUCUGUCGACACUUUGUUAUCCGAUAUUGGCAGCGCCGCAGAGUCGUACAAAUUUCUCCGUAAAUCGCUGGUUCAAUUAUUGGCGCGACCUGGCCCCUCUCGUCUGACUCUUCACUUGCAAAACACUUGUCCCCUCCUGCCGUUACUCGUACAGACCUCCUUCUCGUCCACCUUGGCCCAAUUAAUCGCCCACCCUCCUGCGCUCCUACUCCACCUCGCCACAGAAUACCUAACGCCGCCGCCACCUGCUUCGCCAGAACCCAAAUUCUGGGGUGUCUUCCUACCUGUGAGCGAACGCGAAUCCGAUUUGGAACGCAUCAUAUUUGGUCAAGACGGUGAGGGUUCUGGUGCGAGCGGAGAAUUUGUUGUGGAGGUCAUCUUACGAGGCGGAGGUGACCACUCUGGCAGACGGAAGGCUGUGGAGAGGGUUCUGGAGGGUUGGGACGUCGCAAAGAGUUCUCCCGUCGAGCUGACGUCUAUGGAGAGCUUGAAAAAAGUAUUUAGUAAAACAUCCGUCGAAGAAGCUGCUCCGGAUCCUACUCAAAAUUUAUCAUUCAAUCUGAAUCUCACUCCCUCUCAACAGCAGGCAAGAUCACAAGUUCCUUUGCCAUACGCUCAUGAAGGUAAAGCGCUUGAGACACCAGCACCAACGGCCGGGUCUAUCUUAUACGAUCCAGAUUCUGCUGAUGACAUUGACGACGAUGAUCCUGACGAGGACUUGGAUAUCUAGAAUGUGCCGUACUUUUAAUUCCA